CUCCUUCCAGCAUCCUUCAUCCUUCAGGUACCAGCCAUCUGGGCAGUGCUUAAGCUGCAGAAACUGAGACCACCCCUCCAAGGAUCUCCAGUCUGAGCGUCUCCAGUGACCUUCUCUGCAUUAACUGUCAGUGCUACAGAUAUUUUUAGCUCCAAGUCCUGGCAGGGUGGGGCACUUAUCUGAGGCAGGGUUUGGUGCCCCCUCCCCACUGACCCUACAUCUCAGGCUGCGGCUGCUGCUGCUGCUGUCACUUCAGGAUGAAAGGGGAGACCCCCGUUAACAGCACUAUGAGUAUUGGCCAAGCACGCAAGAUGGUGGAACAGCUUAAGAUUGAGGCCAGCUUGUGCCGGAUAAAGGUGUCCAAGGCAGCAGCAGACCUGAUGACUUACUGUGAUGCCCACGCUUGUGAGGAUCCCCUCAUCACUCCUGUGCCCACUUCGGAGAACCCCUUCCGGGAGAAGAAGUUCUUCUGUGCGCUCCUCUGAAGAGCGCUGUACCUCCUCUGAACUCAUCUCCCCCUCCCAGACCCGCCCUUAGAUUGGAAAUCAUAGCAGUCCAUUUCUACCCGCACUUAUCCUGAGAUUAUCUGAAGCACAAGGCCCUCCUUACCCACCUCUACCCCAUCUCCUCACCCUUUCAGGCCAACUCCAAGCACUCUAUCUAUAAAGGGACCCCGCUAAACUGCCAAAAUCCUGCCUGUUUCCCUCGGUGAUCCAUCCGUUCAGGCAAUGGAGAGGGGGAUGCCCGGGUGCUCACCUGGAGCUACGAAAAGGUAAAGGCAUUUGAAGAAUAAAGUCAUUCAGAGCCUCAGAGGACAACGCCUGUGUUAGCGUUCUUGGGAAAGAGGAUCCUUAGUCGAUACACUUGCCAUAUUCAGGGAACAGGGCCAGUCGAGCCGGUUAGACAUCGUAAGGAUUGGAGAUCACGGAGUAUAAGGCGCCCGAGCGCCCCCAGUGGGGGUUUGUUAAAAUGAGCGCUCAAAAGCGGCGGAGCAUUCAAACGAGCGUGCAAUGAAAGCGGCAAGGGCCAGUAGGGUGGGUUUCCGUGGGCCCAGGGACAGCAGCCCCGGGUGGAGGUGGCCUGAGGGGCCGUAGGGCGGGACAGGGCGACUCAGCGCCUGCAGCCAAUGUCCAAGAUGGCGGCUGCCUGUUUG